CCACCGAAUGUGUUGACCUGGAGAUGACUGACAAUGUUAUUUAUUCUGUACUGGAGUUGCCUUCGGGAGCUCAGGCCCUGAGUGGCCACACAACACAGCAAAAUGCUUCUUCUGCCAGGCCUUCUCUUUCUUUCCUUGUGGCAAUAGCUCUGGGGUUUCUGGCUGCAGUUCUUGCAAGUUUACUGCUGUACCAAUGGAUUUGGGGCCAAGGCUCCAACCGCGCCCUUCGGAUCAGCUGUCCUGGCUGCCCUGAUUAUUGGAUGAGAUACGGGAACCACUGUUACUAUUUCUCAGAGAAGAAAAAAGACUGGAAUUCUAGUAUGAGGCUCUGCUUAGCCGAAGGCUCACACCUCAUUGUGCUUGCAGACAAUCAAGAAAUGCGCCUGCUCACAGGGUUCCUCUGUGAAGAUUUUCACUGGGUUGGACUGAGGAAAGAUCAUGGCUGGAGGUGGGAAGAUGGAUCAGUUCUAAACUCUUCAAGGAUUCAUUCUAAUAGUAUGGUACAGGCAUGUGGUUCUGUCAACAUCCAUGGUUUCCAGGCCUCCAGCUGUGAAGUUCCCCUACGGUGGAUCUGCAAGCUGAGCCUCUGAUGGACAGCCCUUCGGCCCUGACCCUCA